AUGUCGGCAUUUCUUCCAGCCUUUCGGCGGGUUGCCUUCCAGGCACCCUCCAGGUUCUUUGUCUGCAACCAAUGCCUAAGACAGGCCCCUCGAGCGGCGCCCCCGUCGCGCAUCCUCAACGCCGCCCAGUCACGAUUCUUUAUUGCCAAUGCCACCGGUCCCGUGAAUGCUCUGGCCGCCGAGGCUUCCGAGGCAGCCACCAAGGCAUCUGCCCGAGCCAAAUACGUCUUCCCCAAGACGACGUCCAAGGCUGUCGGGUACUGGCUCAUUGGUAGCGCUGUUAGCGUCUUUGGUAUUGUCGUCUGGGGAGGUUUGACCAGAUUGACAGAGUCCGGCCUGAGUAUUACAGAAUGGAAGCCCGUCACCGGAUCGAUGCCCCCGAGAUCCCAGCAGGACUGGGAAGCCGAAUUCGAACUGUACCGCGCCUCGCCCGAGUUCAAGCUCCUAAACCCCCACAUGACCGUUGACGAGUUCAAAAAGAUUUACUUUAUGGAAUGGAGCCACCGUCUUUGGGGCCGUGUCAUUGGCAUGAGCUUCGUACUGCCAACUCUCUAUUUUAUGGCUCGCCGCCGCGUCUCCGCCAAGAUGGCCGCCAACCUGCUCGGCAUCUCAUCUCUGAUUGGCUUUCAGGGUUUCAUCGGCUGGUGGAUGGUCAAGUCGGGCCUCAAGGACGAUCUCUUCGCUGAGGGCUCGCAUCCGCGCGUCUCUCAGUACCGCCUCACCGCGCACCUCGGUACCGCCUUCAUCUGCUACUCCUGGAUGCUCCUGUCCGGCCUGUCCGUGCUGCGAGCCCGUCGCAUGGCCGCCGAUCCGCGGGCCGCCCUCGCGUCCAUCAAGGCCAUCCACAAUCCCGCCCUCACCAACUUUCGCCGCACUGUCCUCGGCGUCACCGCCCUCAUUUUCGUCACCGCCAUGUCCGGCGCCCUCGUCGCCGGCCUCGACGCCGGCCUCAUCUACAACGAAUUUCCUAAGAUGGGCCUUGGCCUGACCCCGCCCGCCUCGGAGCUCUGGGACAAGUUUUACUCGCGCCGCGAGGAUCGCUCGGAUCUAUGGUGGCGCAACAUGCUCGAGAACCCCAGCACCGUGCAGAUGGACCACCGCAUCCUCGCCGUAAGCACCUUUUGCGCCAUCCUCGCCCUGUUUGUCUACUCCCGCCGCGGCCGCGUUGGCGCUGCCCUCCCCCAAAACGCCAGAAAAGGCGCCCUCGGUCUCGUGCAUCUCGUUUGCAUGCAGGUUGCGCUGGGCAUCACUACCCUCAUAUACAUGGUACCCAUUCCUCUGGGUGCUGCCCACCAGGCCGGCAGUCUCGCCGUGCUGUCUGGCGCCCUCGUGCUCGCUCACCGUCUCCACGUGCCCAAGUCCACCGUCCGCGCCUUGGAACAGAAGCUCAAGCAUAUGAAGCCUCAAUAG